CAAAUCCGGUUACCCACGACCCGUUGCUGGUACAGGGACAAAUUUGGGUUUAACCAUCGUACUGGAUGCUGGCAUAAGUGAAUAUUACUGUUCGUCUACAAGCAGCUAUGGCUUUAAAAUAUUAUUACACUCGCCAAACGAAGCACCAAUGAUUUCACAUUUUGGCACUUCCGUUUCGAAUGGCUAUGAGUCACGCGUUGUUAUUACACCAACAAUAUCGGUAGCAACAGAUCCGAUUCGAAAGCUACCGGUCAGUGUUAGGAAUUGCCUAUUCGAAGACGAAAAUUAUCUCACAUUUUAUAGAAUUUACAGCCGAGGCAAUUGCAAUAUGGAGUGCAAUGCAAAAAUCUUCUUAUCCUAUUGCAAGUGCAUAUUGUAUUUUCAGCCUCGUUUCGAGGAUGAUAUUACAAUUUGCGGCCGCUCGGAUGACGCGUGUGUCGAAGAAGUAACCUCACAAAUUCAAAUGCAAAAAAAUGAAUCAUUCAUAUGUGAUUGUUUGCCGGGCUGUUUUGAAAUCUCUUAUGAUGCUGAAAUUUCAAUGGCUCCGCUGCUCCAACAGGCACCAAUAUUGGCAACCAAAGGUCUUCAGGGACCAAAUGUAUCUGUCAUGCACAUUUACUAUAAAAACUUGUUUUAUCGAUCGCAAAAGAAAGAGGAGCUCAUCGGGUUUACGGAAUUUUUGAGUAACACAGGUGGAUUGUUGGGAUUGUUCAUGGGAUUUUCUGUGUUUUCCAUUAUUGAAGUGUUUUAUUUUUUAACCCUUCGACCGUACAGCAAUUAUAUGAAGGUAUCCCAAAGGCGUCGCUUAGCAUUUCAGCGAAUGAUCAAGAGAUUCAAGAACCUUAGACCGAGACGAACUGCAUCGGCAUUGAUGGCAAAUCAUGUUGAUCACUUGGAAGUGAUCCAUGAUAAUGAUAUCGUUUACCCAUACGUGGGCUAAAUCAUUUUACUUCAUUAAUUUAAUGAGAUUCUUUCGGAUAAAAAUGUGACUCACAGCACCAAUGCACCAUACCAAUUCCAAACUCCAAAAUUGUUUGAGACAUAUAACAAAGAAAAUCCAACAUUUUAGUGCAAGAAAUAGAGUGUUUAAAAAAAUCUGAUAAUUUCUUAAGUGCACCAAACAUAUUUGAUUUGAAUCAAAAUGUUGAUUUUAUUCGGAAAUUUAAUAAAUCCCA